GAGUGUGCAAAUGUGCAGAAGACCUGCAGGGAGAAGAGGCUGUGAGGUCUGUAGGAGGCAGGGCUAGAGCUAGCAGGUCCUUGGAGCUAGCUUCUUGACUCUGAAGAAGAUCCAGACACCUGAUAGAUAACAACCCCUUUCCUCCACAGGACAAGCUACCACGAAGCAGCCAAUACUAAGAGUCUGACCUGGCCCAGUGGUUCACAUUCUGUCAAGUCCCUAGCCGUACUCUCAGAGCCAACCUGAGGCUUCAGAGGCCUCGGGUCACAGGUGCAGGGUGUUGGCACUUGCAAAAACUCUUUGUUCUUGGUCAUUUCGGUGGGAGGUGCCCAUGCCCAUGGCCCCCAGUGCUUGUAAGUGGGAUGAGACGUUGGUGAUGCCUUGAUCAAAGGUAAACACUUCAUUCUUCAGCAACAAGAUGGUUCUUUCCUUCCUACUUUUCUGAAAGCAGGGCCAGUGGGCCAGAGCAAGCAUCAAAGCAGGACCAGUGGGCCAGAGCAAGCAUCAAAGAAGGCCCAGGGAUUUAGGGGUUUCUGGCCAGGAGGUUGGAGCUAAGUGUUCUGAAGACACCAAAAAUGAGAUCAGACAGCAGUGUGUCUUUCCUCCUACUCAUAUAAUGCCCUUAGCACAGGGCUUCUCAAACCCAGGGGACAGUCCCUCCUUCCAGACGAUAUCCAGAAACUUUUUCAGUCUCAUCCCACCUUUAGACUGUAAGUGGCCGCAGGCAGGAUGCACCCCUGCCUCCCACUCCUCCGACUUCAGUUUCUGCCUGCAGCGCUAUCAGAGACAAGCAGGCUGCCCGCUCUCCACUCCUGUAUUUACCGUAAGGAGUGCCAGGAAACAAGGAGCAUUCAGAAGCUUUUCUCACUCUGCGCAGCAGCCCAAGGACUGGGUGAGACAGACUCAGUGGUGCACUACAGGGGAGAACGGCUGGCUGGAGACGGAGGAGUGGGGGCCUUGAGCAAUUUCCUCGUCUUACAGGAUCUGUAAGUUACUGAGCAGUUCUUCGAGGAUAAGGGAGGCCCAAAGGGGAAACUGGAGAAUACUGGAGGCUCUGGGAAGAGUGGACAGUCUCUUCGGGCCUAACGUGCCUCUCAUUAUCGUAACUCUGCCAGCAGAAGGCAUGGCGCUAGACGGGGUCUGGCUCCUUUGCCUCCAGCUUGUCCUACGGCCAACUCUGGUGACAGGCAUCAAGAUGGAGAUCGCCAUCAAGAACUUCCGCACCUUACAUGUUGACUACCCCAGGAUUAACUACCCGAAGGGUUUCCAUGGGUACUGUAACGGGCUCAUGGCCUAUGUGAGGGGCAGAAUGCAGGACUGGUAUUGCCCUAAGAUCCACUACGUGGUCCAUGCCCCCUGGGAAGGCAUCCAAAAGUUCUGCAGAAACAGCGAGAACUUCUGCGAGAAUUUCAAUGAGUACUGCACGCUCACUCAGAACUCCUUCCCCAUCACCAUCUGCACCCUGGGUUCCAAACAGCCGCCAACCAGCUGCAGCUACAACAGCACCCUGACCAACCAGAGGCUGUACUUGCUCUGCUCCAGCAAGCAAAAUGCUGAACCGAUAGGCAUCAUUGGCCUCUACUAGGCAUGCCAAGCAGUUCCACCUCCGACGGGCCUGUACAUGCCACCCCAAAGCCUGUUCCCCGCUUCUGAGGCAGAGCCCAGCCCUCCUCCAGGCUCUUUGCACCUUCUCAUCACCCCCACUAUGAACCU